UGAUUCGAUGCCUGUCUGAAGGAAGAGAGGGUGAGUAGGGCUGUCCGGUACAAGUUAAUUUAAAGAAAAGGAUAUAGUUGUAUUUUCUUUUUGUUAAAGAGCAUUUUGGCCGUAAAGGAUAUUGUGGAUUGUGCUGCAGUGUGGUAUACAAAUGUUCCUGUUGAAAAGCCGAAACCUGCUUGUGUAUGCCAGUGUAUGUCAUACUGGGAGAAUCAUACUGAGCAAUGAAAGCGUCUUCAAGAUGGCUGGCUGGAGGAUGUCAAACAGGAGAGAUCCUGGGUUAGGAAUGCUGUCUCUUGGACAUUUGAGAUUUCCAAAGGAUCGCCCUCGUCCUUUCUUGACAUCCUGGAAAUAACUUCUAUCCUUCUCAGCUUUCUGCCAAGUAGCCCCAAUCUAGAUCCAUUGUAACAUUUUGUAGAUGCAUAUGACGACUGCUGGAGCCCAGGACUAUGACUUUUCUAUCAAUAUAAGGAAGGGAGGGUGCACAGUGCUAAUAUAACAGGGAUCAACCAUCAGAAAGGUGUAGUGAUGGUUGAAUGGGUAGAAAAUGCAGCUACUAAAGGAAAAGAGGUUGACUUUGGAGAGCUAAUUCGUUUGAACGCUGAUCUGUUUGAAUAUAUGAAUUCUGUUGACCAAGCGGAAGUACUACCAUUGAAGGAAAAUGUUGACAUUCAGAAAAAGAUUAGCAGACAAACGAUGUCAAGAAUCCCAGCUCCACCAGCAUCGCGAAAUGAUUCACAUCGAACUGCUGAACCAGAACCAGUCUCUCAAAGGUCCUAUUCACUGAGGAGAAGUGUUCAGACAAAGCCAACCGCUCUUCAGCAAGUCAAUGAAACAGAAGACGAGUCUUUACCCCCUGCUCUAGCCAAGGUUUCUUUUCCUAACGGUUCAGCCAGGCGGAAGUCCACUGUUGUUCAACAGAUGGAAAAAAUGAAAAGCAAGCGAGAAACAAAUAAAGCCAAAAACACUGAGAUGCGGGCCAAGCGUGCAAAGGAGUGUGAUGUAAAGUGGGAAUUCCAGAAGAUGAUUGAAGAUUUCAGAGACUCAUUGGAGUACACCCCUCUCUCGUUCUCUGACCCAAGCGAAGAUCACCGAAUAUGUGUUUGUGUCCGAAAAAGACCUCUUAAUAAAAAAGAGAUUGCAAAGAAAGAAAUUGAUGUAAUCACCAUUCCUGAAAAAGGCCUGCUUCUGGUGCAUGAGCCCAAGCAGAAAGUUGAUCUCACAAAGUACUUGGAUAAUCAGACGUUCAGAUUCGACUACUCUUUUGACGAUUCAGCAACAAAUGAAAUGGUUUACAGGUUUACAGCCAGACCACUGGUACAAAAAAUAUUUGAGGGCAGCAUGGCAACUUGUUUUGCCUAUGGCCAAACUGGAAGUGGGAAAACUCAUACAAUGGGUGGUGACUUCUGUGGCAAAAGCCAAAACACUUCAAAAGGGAUCUAUGCAUUUGCAGCACGUGAUGUCUUUAUGCUCCUGAGUCAGCCCAGAUAUUCCAUUCUUGGCCUGGAACCGUGCGUUUCAUUUUUUGAGAUCUACAAUGGAAAGGUGUUUGAUUUGUUAAACAAGAAGGCAAAACUCCGUGUUCUAGAGGAUGGUAAGCAGCAAGUCCAGGUUGUUGGGCUGCAAGAGAGGCAGGUCGCAUCAGCUGAAGAUGUCAUCAAAGUCAUUGAUAUUGGCAGUGCAUGCAGGACGUCUGGACAGACCUUUGCAAAUUCCAGCUCGUCUCGCUCUCACGCCAUCUUGCAGAUUGUUUUGAGGCGGAGGGGAAAGCUGCACGGCAAGUUCUCAUUGGUGGAUCUGGCAGGGAAUGAGCGUGGAGCUGACGUCUGCAGCUCUGACCGACAAACUUUAGUGGAAGGGGCAGAGAUCAACAGGAGCCUCCUAGCAUUAAAGGAGUGUAUUCGAGCUCUGGGGCACAACCAAACUCACACCCCAUUCAGGAUGAGUAAACUGACCCAGGUCUUGAGAGAUUCCUUUAUAGGGGAGAAUUCUAGGACAUGCAUGAUCGCCAUGGUUUCUCCUGGCAUUAACUCUUGUGAAUACACACUGAACACCCUCAGAUAUGCAGACAGAGUAAAGGAACUGAAUGAAACCUCCAACGGUAGCAAUUCUGAUAGCUCUGAUAAGGAAGACAUGGAAAUUGGUGAAGAAUCCACUGCUAUGGAUGAGGAUACUGUUUUGUCGAACCAGAUGACCAGUUUCUAUGAUGCCAUGUCUUUUGUCUCUGAAUUGGAAGAGAAAGUUGUGGAAGAAUUCAGUGAAAUGAUACAGCGAGGAAUGCAGGUCUUAAAGAUGGUUGAGCAGCCAAGCUAUGACUUGCAGUCUGUUGUAACACAAGUUAAAGAGGUUCUGAUGGAGGCAGUGGCACUACAAGAGAAUGUGAAGUCUUUAGAAUCUGCAAUAGUAGCUGAAGAGAAGGCAAGUUCACAUCUGAAAAACAGACGCCACUAAUUACCUGAAGAGGGCAGUGCUGGUUUUGUACUAUACUUCCAGUUUAAAUAAUAUUUUAAUAUUCCACUGUGUUAAUUUAGAAAUGUGAGGUUUCAAGUACCUCUUUUUUUUUUUUUUUUUUUUAAAUGUUUCCAGAACAUGAAUAUUAGUGUUGGUGUUUUAGAAUCAUUUUGGCAUUCCCUUAAUGGAAUGGGGCUGGCAAUUACGCAAACCUGAAAUGAGGUGCUAUUUCAAUCUAUGUAAAUCCCACCCUUGCCAUUCAUGAGUUAGUUUUAUAGUAUAUUAUAAUAAUAUUUAACAUAGUAUUGUGACACCUGUGUUCUUGUACAUUUGUUUGUCUUCACCCAAAUGUCAUGUUUUUUAUUAAAAAAAUCUCUUUGAUGGUAACAGUUUUGCUUGGAUUCUACAU